CAAAAGGGUUCACGUUUAUGCCUACUGAAAAGCUUCAGUACACUCUUUUUAGUCCACUUAUGCUCAUCAUUUUAUUAAAUACAAUAUAACAUGCCACUAGUUUAUUCAAUACACUUUUGGCAUUUUUCUACAUUUGCUAAAUAACCUAAAACCUAUUUGACAUAAAUUUUCAAAACUUCAUGUCGAAAAAUCAAAAAUAAAUAAAAUCGCUCCACCCUAAUAUGCACUCCACCCAUAUACACACAUCUUUCUCGUUUAGUUAAAAAUAACCGUUAGGUGAACAGACCUUUUACAUUAUACGCAACAUGUUGUGAGAGGAUAAAAAUUUGUAUGGUGUUAUUGCCUUUGAAACAAAAAUGUCCAAUAGAAGUUUCGCAUCCCUUCCAAUCCUCGGCCUUUUCUGAAUUAUGUGUUUAGUGGUGUGUGUCUUUGCUAAAAGCUUUCAACCAAUCCAGAAUGCUUCCAACAUUGUUGAAAUGAUUUGAUGACGAGGUGUCGGUGGUGGGGGUAGCAUCUGCGUCAACGCUGGCAGCAUCCUCAACGCGCACCUGUAUGAAUCCGGUAUUUAAAGAAGUUUCCACAGGAGCAAUAGCUCAGUUAACGCGCGGCGUUUGAAUUUGCAGGAUCGCAAAAAUACUAACGGAAAAGUGGUCAUCAUAUUUGAAAUUGAAAUUACAAAAAAUGAAAGUAAAUUUGAAAUUGCCAAAACAACUGCAUACAAGUUGAAAUUAAAUGUCAGCGUCACAUACUACAGUGUGUUAUGGAAAAUAGCGCACAAAUAAAUACAUAAAAAGGUUUAUCAAAUUAAAUAUAAAAAAGAAAAAUUCUUUGAUUUAAAUAAACAAUUAACGAAAUGGUUAAAUAAUCACAAACAAUAACAGAUAUAAUAAAUAGAUUUGUGUAAUUCGGUAACAAAGUGGAAGAGUAAGUGAGUAACUGACCCAAAAUGUCGCACUUCAGCGCGAUUUUCGAGAAUUUACGAUUGGUGGCUGCCAAACGUAUGCCCAACACGCCAACGCAUCAACAAAGGCAGCAGCAGCAACAACAAAACAAUGCAACACCAAACAACGAAAUCCAAAUAAACCAUCAUUCCUCGCCGCCAACACCGGAAAUGCGCAGCGAAAAGGAAAAUGAUAGCAGAAGGUCACAAAUAUACAUUAAAGAGCCGCACGAAAAGCUGCAGCAGCAAACUGUAUCUUUGACAGCAAUGACAAUAGCAGGUGGCAGUAAAAGUGCCCAGUGCACUCCGAACCGACAGCAUUACGCGAAAAGGCAGAGCAUAUCGGGCCGAGGUUCUGAUAAUGCCAAAAAUUCGCCGGUGCAUAUUGGACGCAGUGCGGUGGUAGGAGGCGGUGGGGCUGGUGUAAUUGUGGAAAUCGAUGGGAAUUGCAACACUGGUGGAGGCGGCGGAAAAGCUCGCGAGCUCUCACCCACUCCGAAGAAUACGGGACAGCGUAAAAUGUCGCAAGAUUUUCGGGCGCGUGCUGGUAGUUUUAUACAUGUCGACGAAGAAGGACGCAGUAUACUCAUACGAAAGCCUGUGCGCCUAAAGAAUAUUGAAGGUCGCCCAGAGGUUUACGAUACCUUACACUGUAAGGCUAAAGAGUCACUAUCUUGUUCGAAGGCAACAUGUAUGAGCAGCGUAAUGGCCCUAGGUACGGCCCCAGUUGAAGCGCGAAAGUCCGAUGUAGUUAUGGAACAUGCCAAAGAUUUUUUGGAUCAAUACUUUACGUCAAUAAAGAGAGCUUCAAGCGUUGCUCACGAUACUCGUUGGAAACAAGUUCGACAGAAUAUCGAAUCCUGUGGCUCUUACCAACUUACAGAAACCGAACUGAUUUAUGGUGCAAAAUUGGCCUGGCGAAAUUCAUCGCGCUGCAUUGGACGCAUACAGUGGUCCAAAUUACAGGUAUUCGAUUGCCGUUAUGUCACCACAACAAGUGGCAUGUUCGAAGCUAUUUGCAAUCACAUUAAAUAUGCUACUAACAAAGGCAAUCUCAGGUCGGCAAUUACGAUAUUUCCGCAGCGCACAGAUGGCCGCCACGAUUAUCGCAUUUGGAAUAGCCAGCUAAUCUCCUACGCUGGCUACAAGCAAGCUGAUGGAAAGAUUAUAGGUGAUCCUAUGAAUGCGGAACUCACUGAGGUCUGCUUAAAAUUGGGUUGGAAAGGAAAAGGCACACAAUGGGACAUUUUACCUUUAGUCGUAUCAGCGAAUGGCCAUGAUCCGGACUAUUUCGACUAUCCACCGGAAUUGAUUCUGGAAGUUCCAUUAAGUCAUCCAAAAUUUGAGUGGUUUGCAGAUUUGGGCCUCCGUUGGUAUGCUGUACCAGCUGUAUCGUCGAUGCUCUUCGACGUCGGCGGUCUGCAGUUCACGGCGACCACUUUCAGCGGUUGGUACAUGUCGACGGAAAUCGGUUGCCGCAAUUUGUGUGACAUUAAUCGACGUAAUAUGUUAGAGACUAUUGCAUUGAAGAUGAAUUUGGAUACACGCACACCAACUUCACUGUGGAAGGAUAAAGCUGUCGUGGAAGCAAAUAUAGCCGUUUUACAUUCCUAUCAAAGCCAUAAUAUUACAAUAGUUGAUCAUCACACGGCCAGUGAGAGUUUCAUGAAACACUUCGAGAAUGAAUCAAAAUUACGCAAUGGUUGUCCAGCUGAUUGGAUAUGGAUUGUGCCCCCUAUGUCUGGCUCGAUUACGCCUGUCUUCCAUCAGGAAAUGGCUUUGUAUUAUUUAAAGCCGUCGUUUGAAUAUCAGGAUCCGGCCUGGCGUACGCACAUAUGGAAGAAGGGGCGCGGCGAUGGCAAGACUAAGAAACCGAGACGUAAAUUUAAUUUCAAACAGAUUGCAAGGGCUGUGAAAUUUACAUCGAAAUUAUUCGGCCGUGCAUUGUCAAAACGUAUUAAGGCUACAGUGUUGUAUGCAACCGAAACUGGCAAAUCCGAACAGUACGCAAAGCAGUUAUGUGAACUAUUGGGACACGCUUUCAAUGCACAGAUCUAUUGCAUGUCAGAUUACGACAUAUCAUCCAUUGAGCAUGAGGCUUUAUUGAUUGUAGUAGCAUCUACAUUCGGUAAUGGAGAUCCGCCAGAGAACGGAGAGCUUUUCUCACAGGAAUUGUAUGCGAUGCGAGUGCAGGAAGGCAGCGGCGAUGGCCACGAUUCCAGCAUUGGUGUUAGCUCAUCGAAAUCCUUUAUGAAGGCUAGCUCCAGGCAAGAUUUAAUCAAGUUGCCCGUACAACAAGUGAAGAAAAUAGAUCGCUGGGACUCCUUGCGCGGUUCGACAUCAGACACUUUUACGGAGGAGAAUUUCGGGCCAUUGUCAAAUGUGAGAUUUGCUGUAUUUGCUUUGGGUUCUUCCGCUUAUCCAAACUUUUGCGCCUUUGGGCAAUAUGUUGACAAUGUACUUGGUGAGUUAGGCGGCGAACGAUUGUUAAAGAUGGCUUAUGGUGAUGAAAUGUGCGGACAAGAACAGUCUUUUCGUAAAUGGGCACCUGAUGUAUUCAAACUUGCUUGUGAGACAUUCUGUUUAGAUCCAGAGGAGAGUUUAUCGGAUGCUUCGUUGGCUCUACAAAAUGAUUCACUGACCGUAAAUACCGUACGUUUGGUUCCCUCGAAGACUCGUGGCUCCUUGGAGGAGCUUUUAUCAAAAUUCCAUAACAAAAAGGUGUAUUGCUGUCCGAUUAAGGAAGCUCCGUUUAACCUUACCAAUAUUGGAAAUGAUGAAAAGACUACCAUUCUUUUGAAAAUUAACGCCCCUGGUUUGGAAUAUGAACCAGGGGAUCAUGUUGGUAUAUUUCCCUCUAAUCGCCCAGAAAUCGUUGAUGGUAUUUUAAAACGACUAACUGGUAUUGAAAAUAUGGAUGAGGUCUUGCAGUUGCAAUUGCUUAAGGAGAAGCAUACAUCAAAUGGCAUUUUCAAACUAUGGGAAUGCCACGAUAAAGUUCCACCAGAUUCAGUUCGUAAUUUAUUGCUGCGUUUCUUUGAUAUAACCACGCCGCCAACACGUCACAUGCUAACUCUUCUCUCUGGGUUUUGCGACGACAAUCAGGAUAAGGACCGUUUACAGUUAUUGGCAACUGACUCUUCGACAUAUGAAGAUUGGCGACACUGGCGCUUGCCACAUUUACUGGAAGUUCUCGAGGAAUUCCCUUCUUGCAAACCACCUGCAACGCUGGUGCUGGUUAACUUAAUGCCUCUACAAGCCAGAUUUUACUCGAUUUCCUCUUCGCCUCGUAAAGUUGACAAUGAGAUACAUUUAACAGUGGCAAUCGUGCGCUAUCGGUCUGAGGAUGGUAAUGGAGAUGAACGAUAUGGAGUUUGCUCAAAUUAUCUAGCCGGUCUAAAUAAGACCGACGAAUUGCAUAUGUUUGUACGUAGUGCACCGAGCUUCCAUUUGCCUCCUGAUCAUGAACGCCCGAUCAUCUUGAUUGGACCUGGUACUGGCAUAGCGCCGUUCCGCUCGUUCUGGCAGGAGUUCGAAAUGUUGCGUGAGUUAAAUGCGGAUGUGCCGCUGCCUAAGGUUUGGCUCUUCUUCGGAUGUCGCAAUCGCGAUGUUGAUCUAUAUGCGGAGGAGAAAGCGCACUUGUUGAGCGAUAAAAUAUUAGAUCGCGUCUUCCUGGCUCUUUCACGUGAGUCUAACAUACCUAAGACCUACGUACAGGAUUUGAUUGAAAAGGAAUUUGACUCACUUUACCAGCUGAUUGUCGAAGAGCAAGGUCACAUUUACGUUUGUGGCGACGUCACAAUGGCGGAGCAUGUUUACCAGACAAUCAGGAAAUGCAUUGCCGUAAAAGAGAAAAAAACCGAAACGGAAGUUGAGACAUUUAUGCUCACAUUGCGGGAUGCAAAUCGUUAUCACGAGGACAUUUUCGGAAUCACACUACGCACCGCCGAAAUACAUACGAAGUCUAGAGCAACGGCACGUAUACGUAUGGCAUCACAGCCAUAAGUGGAAAAUAUAUUCAGAAGUGCGAGCCAUAAAUCAUAGCCCAAGAAUGAUAGAAGACAAGAUUACGACCCCAGAAUGGGAAUAGGCAACAGAAGAAUUGUGAAAUGGAAAACGGAAAUGUAAAACAUAGUGAACCAAAUUGAAUAAUGUGCAGAUAAAAUAUCACAAUGAACGUGAUUCUUAAAAUCAUCAUCUAUAAAAUGAUCCAAUAUAAAAAUGCAUAUUUAUAAUUAAAAUUAUAUGUUUUGUUACAAAAAGUUCGCCAUUUUGUCAAUUUUUUUGUUGGAUGGAAAAGUGAAAAAAACUCUUUAUAUACGACUUUUUUGUACUCUUGUUGUUUAAUUCCGCCAUUGUGGACUUCUUUUUCAAAUUAAUACAUUUUCCACUUAGAAUUUUAAAUAAUAAUUAGAAUUUUAAAUAAUAAUCAUUGUUUUGUACUACCGUGCAAUUUGUCAAUUUUUCUUUCGUUUUUUGUUUUGCUCGCUUGUUCGGGGGUCGUGAGUGAGUCACUCAACAGGAGAUUAAAACCCAAAAAAGCUAACUGUAAACGAAUGGCGUAAUCUUGUCUUCUAUCAUUCUUGUCAUAGCCAUAUAUUCCCUUAAAUUUUCGUUGUAGUUGUUUAACAACACUAAAAUAUAAUACAUUAGAAGAAAGGAAUCUGUAAUAGGAAACAAUCAAGUUUUUUAUCAGGCAUUAAAGAGCUGUAUUGUGAAUGGAAUCAAGAAAAUACCAGGGAGAUUUGCAUAACAUUUUUCGUAUAGAGCUUAGAGAUUGUAAAUUUGUUCAACAUCUUUAAAUUUUAAGAAUCCACUGAAUCGAACUGAAAAUAAUGUGAAUUAAUUGUUUCUGGGUUUAUUCAUAAUAAAACAUUCAGAUAUUAUUUUACCAGUUCGUGGCGUUGCUUUCUCAAAUACCUACAUGGAAUGUUAUCGGUUCAUAAAACAUGAAUUAAAGCCCGAUAAAACAACAAACGAGCCGACAAUUCUUGAAAUAUCUGAAAGAUUAAGAAUUGCAGCUGGUAUUAUUUUACCAGUUCGUGGUGUUGCUUCGUUCGAUUCGCAAGGAUAGCUAGUGUUUUCUUCAUGCAGGGUAAAAAUAUAACUUAUAUACGCAAAGUUACAUAUAAUGUUUAAAAGAGGAAGUAAUCAAAAGUUAGAUCUAAAAGAAAAGUACUCUCACUAAUGCACAUAUUUGCAUAUUUCUAUUUAAUGUACGUUAAUGCACUUCGUUCGUAAUAUGUGCAAUUACAUUAAUCUUAAAUACAUAAUAAUUACAAUACACUGUUAUAAAAUGUAGCAUAUUUAAAUUAUUUAAUUCCAGCCUCAGAAACAAACUAAUGUGAAUGUGUGCUAUUGUUAACGAAUUCCAUAUCAAAACUAAUCAUUAUUAAAUUAUUAUUAAACUGUUAGUAUCUUUGUACAAAUGCAAACUGUUAUCCAAGAUUGUAUGUCUGUAUUUAUUGAAUUGUCAUUCCACAUUGCCAAACAACUACAUUUGGAACUAAUUUUAGCAUACUACUUUACUUAACAUAUUGUAAUUAUCCGUUAUUUUAGCAAUACAGUUGAUCUCCUUUUUACACGGUUUUUUAUUUUAAUUGUAUACUUUUUUGCAAUAAAAUCAAAAUUCCAUACGUCAAUACGUCACAAAUACAUUGCUGUUAAUAGAAUUAUUAUAAAUAAAUUAUAUAUUAGAUUUAAACUAAAAAAUACAAAUUUUAGAUUUGAAAGCCGGUGAAAAGGUUGCAACAAUUUCAAUACGUAAACAAAUAAAUGAAGCUGUAUGAAGAAGUAAGGAAAACGAAGACACAGCUAAUAAUGACGGAACUUUAAAAUGUAUUAUUUUUUUAUCAUUCACAAAAUAGUGGUUGUUUGUUCCUUCUAACAGUAAUAUGUAAAUAUACAUAUGUUAAUACCAGAAAAGUCUACACCAACAACAACAGUUUAAAUUCUCACUGUACGAAUAGAUAGAUUUUCAUGUAAAAUCAGAUAUUUUUUACACUUUCCUAUUUUUUGCACGAUUUUUUUCUUAAAUUGGUCUAAUAGUGAGUUUUAUAUAAAAAUUUAAUUUUUUUUUUGGACGAGUAAUUUACUGUCCCAGUUACCCGUGCAAAAAAGAGAUCAACCGCAAUUGAUUAGUAAAAUAUACUGUUUGUGUCCGUAAAAUAAUAAUAAAUG